UGGUUUAGUAUUGAUUUACCCGCGAUCGCGAGCGUUCAGCUCGAUAAUUAAGUUGGUUAGUUAGUAUCGGGAUUUUUGUUCUGUUGUUGUUUUCGUUUUUUUUUUUUCAAACCGGGCAGCUUCCUUUAAAACACUGAGAUCCAGAGAGAAAAAACGACUGCUAUUUUGGGUGUGCGCGAUCAACAGUUCAUUCAUUCAAGAAGGCAAGACAAGAAGCUGCUAAUUUCCGAAUACCAAACGUAAAAACCCCAAGCAGAACCUGGCAGUAAAAGGAAGCAACCAAAGCCGAACGUCGAAAAAAGCACGUGACAUAACUAGUGCCGGCUAUUUGAAGUCAGCAGCCGAGGAUCGUAUUUCAUCGUCAAUGCUUUUCAGUUUUGUUUCCGUUUUUGUUUCGCGAAGAGAAGUUCAAAGUUCCUGCUAACCGGUGCGGUUUUUUUAUAUUAAAUAUUGCUACUUCAACGUCUGACUGACCAUGAAUGAAUAUUUCAACUGAAGAUAUCCGACCCAAUCAACGACGUCCGGCCUUCUAGCGCAGUUAUUUGUUCCUUGAACGGACCUUGGCCACCAGGACGUUCUCGGAGCAUUUGAAGGACUUGCGGUUCCUGGAAUCCAACUACAGCAACAACCACCCAACAUCCUCGUCGUCGUCGUCGUCGUCAUCCAGUCGUUGCCAGUGGUUUUCGAUCAAUCGGCUGCCUACAAUCAUGGCGAUCCUCUCCGGAAGCUGUUUCGUUGCACUGGUCCUACUAGGGAUGGCAACUAUCGAAGUGGCCCCGAAGGCAACCGAAGGCAAGCUGGAGGAAGCAGCAGGAAGCAGGGCCCGGGCAGCAGCAGAAAACUUCCAGCUCAUUAUCCUGCACAACAACGAUAUGCAUGCCCGGUUCGAGCAGACCGGGACCUACGGCAACGAUUGCCAGCCGGCCGAUGUGGCCAAUAAUCGGUGCUACGGAGGAUUCGCCCGGGUGGCCCACAAAGUUCGAGAAUAUCGCGCAGCUGAAGCAAAUGGAGGUUUACCAGUUCUGUACUUGAACGCCGGAGACACCUACACCGGAACGCCAUGGUUCGCGAUUUAUAAGGACAACAUAACGGCUGCCUUCCUCAACAUUUUAAAGCCAGAUGCCAUUUCCCUCGGCAAUCACGAGUUCGACCUCGGGGUGGAAGGUCUGGUUCCGUUCCUCAACGAAAUCGAUUUCCCGGUACUGGCAGCAAACUUGGACCUAUCGAAAACUCCAACCAUGCAGACCGCAAAGUCACUGAAACAUUCGAUCGUGUUCACCAAAGCGGGAGUCCGGAUAGGGGUGAUCGGGUAUCUGACGCCGGAAACCAAACAACUGACCCCGGUCAAUACGGUCGAGUUCACCGAUGAAAUCGAAGCUAUCAAUAAAGAGGCUGCAGCGUUGAAGGCAGAUGGUGUAAACAUUUUGAUCGCCCUGGGUCACAGUGGAUUGGAGCGGGAUAAGCAAAUUGCCGCCGCUUGUCCGGAUAUUGAUCUGGUGAUUGGUGGCCACUCGCAUACGUUCCUGUACUCGGGUACGGCUCCGGACAUUGAUAACCCAGAAGGACCCUACCCGGUUGUUGUGAAGAAUUCAGUUGGUAAAGAAAUUCCAGUUGUUCAAGCCUACGCAUACACCAAAUACUUCGGAUACCUGAACUUAGAAUUCGACGCAGCUGGAAAUCUAGUCAAGUUCGAUGGCAGUCCUAUUUUGUUAAACGGAGCAGUUGAUCGGGACUCCGAUGUACUUCAAUUAUUGGAUGUCUAUCGACCAGGAAUCCUAGAGCUGGACGAAGUUAUCGGUCAAACCAAAGUGCUGCUGGAUGCUACCAGAUGCCGCUUCGAGGAGUGUAACAUGGGCAACAUGUUGGCCGAUUCGAUGGUGAUGACCUACACCUUAUCGUUGGACGAAUCUUCCCAAUACUGGACCGAUGCUGCGAUUGCCUUCAUCCAGGGUGGAGGUAUUCGAGCCUCGAUUGAGGUCGGAGCGACUGGAAACAUUACGAAGAAAGAUCUCAAAACGGUUCUACCGUUCGGCAAUGCCGUAGUUUUGGCUGAAGUUACUGGAAAACAAAUCCGUUCCAUGUUGGAGCGAAGUGUUGAGCGAUACGACGGUAAAAAUGGCUACGGGGAAUUCCUCCAGAUGGCCGGCGUUCAUGUAGUCUAUGACCUCAGUAAACCUCCAGGCAGCAGAGUUCAAUCCGUUGAAGUACGCUGUGCAGAGUGCGCUAUUUCAUCCUAUGCCCCACUUUACGACUACGAUCGACACAAGAUCAUCAUCAGCCAAUUUAUUUGGGAAGGUGGAGACGGUUACGAUAUGUUUGAUGGACGAAACUUCGAGGUGCUUCCUUGGGGUGAGUUUGAAAUCACCGAAGAAUACAUCAAAAAAUUCUCGCCACUCUACCCAUCGAUCGAAUGGCGAAUCACGAUGCAAGGGGAAGUUAAUCCGGAACAUACGAGCACAACUACCUCAGACUCUUCGACAACUACCCCAGCCGGAACAACACCGGAUGAUGACGGUGCAGCCGGAAGUAUUCAAGCGACAGCCGCUGUUGUUGCUGCCCUCGCAUUUUUCAGUGUCUUCCAAAACAGGAGUUUGUUGAUUUAAUCGAUGGAUGGCGCCGUGCAGUUGAGCUGUUGUGAUUUACGUAGGUUGUGAAGACUAAUUGUUAGAGAUAAUUAAGUACAAAGAUAAUAAAGUAUUUGU